CAGGCCUUCUUCCAAGCCAGCCGUCUGGCCUGCCCCAGAUGGCCGCCCCCGGCCGCCAAGCAGACAGUCAAGUGGGCCCACAUCUCCCGGCAGAUGGGAUGUGAGCGUUGGCAGGACCAAGCUUCCCACCGGGGUGGGAACAGACUUGAAGCUGGGCUUUGGCACCACAUGCCUAAAUGUCACCCCCCACCCCCGAGCCUGGACAGGAUGAGCCCCAGGCCUGGGCUGCCCUGUCCUGAGCGCCUUGCUGGUGCUGUCUCUCCCAGGACACAGGAGUCCUCAGCCAGCCAGGGUCUAUCUGUCCCACCAGGCCCAGUGGCUCCCUUUAGCCCCCAAACGUGAGUUUUAACAGGCCUUGGUUUGGCAGGGUUAGAGGUUUGGAUUUUUAUCUUCUUUUUUUCUUUAAAAAGUAGCAGUCUGUCCAGGUGAAGAGAAUAAGGGAAGGAGAGAGAAUUAGUGUUCCAGAGAAGGAAGAGAUGUGCGCAAAGACACAGAACAUAGAAUGCAAGACAACUUCCAACAGGAAAUUCGCAAUGAGUCUCAUGACUAUCCUCAUAGAGUGGCCAAAUUUCCAGAAAACAGAAAUCGAAACAGAUGCAGAGAUGUAAGCCCAUAUGAUCACAGUCAUGUUAAAUUGCAAAAUGCUGACAAUGAUUAUAUUAAUGCCAGCUUAGUUGACAUAGAAGAGGCACAAAGGAGUUACAUCUUAACACAGGGUCCACUUCCUAAUACAGGUUGUCAUUUCUGGCUCAUGGUGUGGCAACAAAAGACUAAAGCAGUUGUCAUGCUAAACCGAAUUGUGGAGAAAGAAUCCGUUAAAUGUGCACAGUACCGGCCAACAAAAGACGACCGAGAGAUGCUGUUUAAAGAAACAGGAUUCAGUGUGAAGUUCUUGUCCGAAGAUGUGAAGUCAUAUUAUACAGUACAUCUUCUGCAAUUAGGAAAUAUCAAUAGUGGGGAGACCAGAACAAUAUCUCACUUUCAUUAUACUACCUGGCCAGAUUUUGGAGUCCCUGAAUUACCAGCUUCAUUUCUCAAUUUCUUAUUUAAAGUGAGAGAAUCUGGUUCCUUGAAUCCUGAGCAUGGGCCUGCAGUGAUCCACUGUAGUGCAGGCAUUGGGCGGUCAGGCACCUUUUCUCUAGUAGACACCUGUCUUGUUCUGAUGGAAAAAGGAGAUGAUAUUAACAUUAAGCAACUGUUACUGAAUUUGAGAAAAUAUCGAAUGGGACUUAUUCAGACACCAGAUCAACUCAGAUUUUCAUAUAUGACUAUAAUAGAAGGAGCAAAAUUUAUAAGGGGAGAUUCAAAUAUACAGAAACGAUGGAAAGAACUUUCAAAGGAAGAUUUGUGUCCUUUUGAUCAUUCACCAACCAAAAUAAUGACUGAAAAAUACAAUGGGAAUAGAAUAGGCCUAGAAGAAGAAAAACUGACAGGUGACAGAUAUACAGGACUGUCCUCUAAAGUGCAGGAUACAAUGGAGGAGAACAGUGAUGUUUUGCGGAAGUGUGUUCAAGAGGACAGAAAAGCUAACACGGCUCAGAAGGUGCAGCAGAUGAAACAGAGACUAAAUGAGACUGAACGAAAAAGAAAAAGGCCAAGAUUGACAGACACCUAAAUAUUUCAUAACUUGAGAGUAUUCUGCAGCUAUAAAUUUUGAACCAUUGACGUGCAAAGCAAGACCUGAAGCCCACUCCGGAAACUAAAGUGAGGCUGAUAAACCUGUAGAUUGCCUCACAUUUGUUUGUUUACAAAGUAAACCUUACAUCCAGGGAACAAAGACUACCACCAGCAGAAGACUUUGCAGAACCCUCUAAUUUGAUGUAUUCUUAAGUUUUUUAAUGCAUGUAUGAAAUGUAAAAGAAAUAAAUUAGGAGAGACUA